AAAGUAAUCACAGGAUUGUAUAUAUUAUACAUAUUUAUUUUAUUGAUAAAAAUAAACAUUUGCGUAUCGUAUACUUAUAUAAAACUGUGCUGCAUUUCACCCUGAAUCUAUUUCUGUCACACCCAGUGCAGUAAAAGUGCAUCUAGUAUAUUUGUUUACCUGAAAUAGUUUCUGGAAUCCUACAAAGCCGAAACUGAAGAACAAAAAUAUCCAGAACAUUGCAUUCACCAGUUUGACACAAUCUAAAGCAGCGUUGCCAACUGAAAGCAAACAAGGCAGGUUGCCAUUAUUCUUGCUGUUAGUGACGGAUAACUAUUUUAAACGGGAAAGUGGAUUACCAUGAGCCAAAUUAAGCAGACAUGUCAUUUAGCCAAAAUUUCCAAUGUUGCCCCGACGCCAGUACAAAUGUUUCUAAAUAUAAUUGAAAAAAUUAAACCAAAUCCCCUGAUCAUGAACUUGGCUACAGUAGAUAAAGAAUUUGACGUUCUUAAUCGCUCUGUUAUAUAUCGUGGCCUCACCGAAGACAAUCAAACACAUAUAUGCUUUGUUACCGAGAAAAAUUCUCGUAAAUAUCGAAACCUUAAAGAAAAUCCAAAAUUGUCACUGACUAUGAUUUGUUCAGUACCUGAGGAAUUUUGGCAAAUUCGUUUAUUUAAUGCUGAAGCUGUUGAAUUGAGUGCUGAUGUUGUGGCAAAAUUUUGGCAAGAAGAACCCUUAUUUGCCAAGAUCCGAAGUCAUAUUUGUGAUUGCGGCAAACCUAAUGAUGGUAAAGAACUUGAUAGAAAGUAUCAAGAACUGUUUGGAAGCUGCCAAAGGGAAUCCAAGGACUUGGAACAAACAGAAUCAUAUACUGCUUUUAAAAUCAUACCAAAACUUUGGGACUUCUACAAGAGUGAACCCAAUAAAAUCGCCGAUCGUGUGCAAUACAAACAAAUCGAGGGAGAAAAUGGUAAAUGGGAAAUUUAUCAUGUUGAUGCCUAGAAUUUUAACCAAAUAUUAAUAAGUUAAAUAAAUCACAAUAUAUGUACAUUAGAUAAAAUAUAUUUUUUGGUAUCAUUAUUAAACAUUAUUCCAAAAAAUAAAUACCUAUAAACAAUUAAAUACA